GCAUUUUUUAUUUUUACCACAAAACAGUGAUUCAUUUUUGAUGUGCUUCCCCUCCAGUAAAUACUUCUUCAUGCUAAAAGUGGUGGGAAGAUCCCCAUAUGUACCACUAGUCCUAUUUUCUCCAUUAACAAUACUCAAACUGUCACAUUUUCCACCUCCACCUUCUCCUUCCAGGAAAUUUAGAAAUUACUGCUGUAUUUCCUUUCAUAAUUAUCCAAUAAACCCUUUGAAUUACACUCAUGUGUUUUCCCCACCAACACAAACUCACGCUUUGGUAUACCAUGUCUAUAACUUCCUCUUCCAACCGCACAAGGGCUACUGACGUUAAAAAAAGCAGCGUUUCAGAGGCAGUGCUCACAUCUAUUUCACCAGCGCUGAGAUCAACAUGGCAGCAGAGAACGUACAUCAUCCAGACACUGGAAAAACAGAAAAGCAUCAGUCUGAGGACACCCAGUGUAAAAAAAAGAAGUUGAAAUUUCUGAGAUUCAGCCUUUCGAUGGAAGAUACUGAGAUGGGUGGGCUUCAGGAACCAUCACAUCCACAACCAGGGAAGGAAGAGAAGGACAUCGAGGCCGACUGUUUAUUUGAUGACGAUUUGCUUCAUUCCCUGGCUAACAUGAGCUUGAAUCUGUUUGAUGAUCAAGAUUUUGACGCAGACAGCCCUUCGUGCAACAGUGACUGGCAGUUAAUCGAAAGUGUGGUCACACCUGAGAAUGCUGAAAUUACCUAUAUUUCUGCACGAAUUUGUGAAGCGAUUGAAGAACAAAGAAAUUGGUUCCUGAAGGCAUUUAAACACAGAAAGUAUGUUGCACCAAAACGUAAUGCGUUAUGUUUGGAGAGCACCAAGUCAGCAAAAAUCACCAUUUCUAAUGUCAUCUGCAAUGGCAAGGUCACCAAUGACGGUCAAUCAGGUACUCCUGUUGUGCUGAACUUUACGGGCACAGAUAACUUCCUUUCCUGCGACAUCAAAGAAGAGAAAAAGAUUUUAACAGUUAAGACUUAUGACAGAACCAAGAUAAUGGCGUGUGAGGAUGACGAAAAGUCAUCCCUUAUUUUCUACAUGGUUCAAAAGUACGAUGGUCUCCGGUAUUUUGAGUCGGUGCGCUACAGAGGAUGGUACAUUCACACUAUAAAUGAAAAUGCUGUGAAAAUGGAAGAAGGCAAUAGUUCAGCUAGCUGUUCCUUUGUCUUAGAGUGAGAGUGAUACCACAAAACUCACUGAAUGUUCUUAUGACAUCAAGGAU